GAUUUGUAGGCUUCUUGAAAGAAGUUAAAUGGCUGGCAGUAGGAUCGCCCACGCCACUUUGAAAGGACCUAGUGUGGUGAAGGAGAUAGUUAUUGGAAUAGUGCUUGGUUGUGCAGCAGGUAGUUUAUGGAAAAUGCAUCACUGGAACGAGCAGAGAAAAGUUCGGGCAUUUUAUGACUUGUUGGAUAAAGGCGAGAUCACUGUGGUUACUGCAGAAGAAUAAAUAUUCGACAGCUAUUCUUGAUUAUUGAUGCCGUUAUUGGCGUUUGACUCAGUUUGCUCUUUAAAUCAGAUAUAAAGCUCAUUUGGCUUGGUUUCAAAAAUUCAAUGAAAUAAGUUGUACUGGAUUUUUGUGGAUUGAAACUUUUAUUUUCUCGUGAGUUUUAAAGUUAAACUUUUGAGUUUUUGUUUUCUUA